AUGACGCUCCUUGGAAAGGGAAACAGAGUUUCCACACCUUUAUUGGUUUCAAGCAGGUUGGCUCCAGCAAAAGUAAUUUUGUCUCGGCCAGGAUUCGGUCAGACUAGGGUUAUGUUGACAAGAUGGAUGAAGCAUGGCUUCACCACAUUUGCUGUACCUGGUCAUGAUCUGCUGCUAAAUAGAACGAUUUAUAUGGAUGUAGAAAGUAAUCUUGGACCAGGAGAUAUUAUGAGGGAGACCACAGAUCAACUAGAUGAACUGAACCCGCAAGGGAGCGAUACGAGUAAAACAACAUACUCCUGAGUUUGUUUGCUGAAUAUCUGUCACCAGUACUGAAGUUCUGUUAGCCCCUCAGUGCUUCAAUCCUUUAAGUUGCUUGGCAUCUUAAGAUAUAGAGGAUCUAGAGGAGGCUGUCGACAAAGGAUUCCAGUCAAGAUUUCUAAUAGGAGGGAUGAAAUCAGUCAUUGGAGUGUCGACUGCUGUCCUGUUAAUGGCAUGGCUAGAGCAAACCUUGUCCCUAUUGCUAGACAAGUGGAUCCUACGACUAACAAAUCCAGCUCAGAAUUUAUGGUACCUAAAUUUUUAUCUACAAAUAUUUGCAGCCUUGCCAAGACUAAGAACCACGUUUGA